AUGACAAUAGACCUUUCAAGGAACAAAUUGAGUGGAGAAAUUCCAAAUGAGAUAACAAAGUUUGUGUAUUUGGGUACUCUAAACUUGUCCAACAAUCAUUUUGUUGGUACCAUUCCAAAGAAUAUUGGAGCCAUGCAGCAAUUAGAGACGCUUGAUCUCUCCUGCAACCAUCUCUCUGGAAACAUUCCUGCAAGUUUAAAUUCUCUACAUUUCUUGGAACAUUUGAACCUGUCAUUCAAUAAUUUGACGGGCAGCAUACCAAGGGGCAAUCAACUUCAAACACUGGAAGACCCCUCCAUUUAUGAAGGCAAUCCUUUUCUAUGUGGAUCUCUUCUCCAUGCCAAGUGCCCAUGGGAUGCAAAUGGCCUUGUUCCUGUAAUUUCUACAAGUGAAGAAGAUGGAGAGAAGAAUGAGUCGGAAAUAAUAAUGUUUGGGUUUUAUAUUAGUAUGGCAAUUGGUUUUCCUGUUGGUCUCAACGUCCUGUUUUUUGCCAUUUUCACUAGCCGAAGGAGGAGAAUAUGCUACUUUUGUCUUGUGGAUCGUGUGAGUUGCGUUAUAUUGGAAAAGAUUGGUUUUUUUCCUACUCCUGUGAGAAGAAUGAGACGAAGAAGAAGCUAUUAA